AUGCCGGACGAUAACGGGAGCAACGCAGCAGCAUCUGUCGCGGUAAAACUACCGGAUUUUUGGAAAACUGAUCCGGCUAUGUGGUUUGCACAAUCGGAAGCGCAAUUCCACCUUGCGAAAAUCGUCAAUGAUGAAACCAAGUUUUACCACAUCGUGGCCAAAGUGGAUCAAUCGGUUAUAUGUCACAUAGCCGAUUUGGUAGCUGCUCCCCCAGCGGAAAAUAAAUACAAAACAGUGAAAGAUCGCCUAAUUGCUCGCUUCGCCCUGUCUGCUGAAAGCCGCUUCGAACAGCUGCUGGGGGCCCACGAUCUUGGCGAUAUGCGCCCAACGCAUCUGUUGGCAAAGAUGAGAGAGUUGUCGACGGGUUUGGGCGUGGAUAACAAUCUGCUCAAAAUGAUUUUCAUUCAACGCCUCCCGGCAAACAUUCGACCAAUUCUCACAUGCCACGAUGGUACCAUCGAGAAGUUGGCUGAAAUAUGGCAGACAAGAUCACCGACGCCUCCAACGGUCAGUCCUCCGCAGUUGCCAUGGUGCACAACGAACCAACGUACAGCAACAGUGGUGAAAGGAAGCUAG